AUGUUCGCCAAACUGUUCCUUGCUGUCGUCGGUAGUUUGGUCGCAGCAGCCUCCGCCAAGCCGCAUGUUCUAGCACCAGUCGGACCGGCUUUUGUAACGGCCCAGAGCUCCCAGGUGUUUGCCCGGACGUACAACGGAUUCGUUCCCUUCCCGGCCGCGGUGCCAGCUGCAGUGCCCGCGGCUAUUCCUGCUCCCGUGCCCGUCCCACUGCCCGCUCCGACGUUUUUCGUGCCCGCUCCACCGACCCACUUCUACUACCCACAUCCGGUGUUCUACAGUCCUCCGGCGGCGGUUCCGGUCCCAGCCGUUCCGGCCGUUCCCGCAGCACCAGCGGUAGUAGCUGCUGCGCCAGUUGCUAAGCUGGUUGCGCCAGUCGCGAAGGUAGCGAAACUGGUACGACCCUACCUCACGACGUUCCGUUACCGGUCGGUGGUUGCCUAA